AUGCCACUCUUUCGAGGAAAGAAGAGUAAUGAUGCCAGCCGUGGCAAGCCAGCAGCUGGAAAAAAGAGUAAGGGAGAAGGCCCACCAUUAAUGGGCAAGGGUGCCUUUGUGCAAGAGAUGAUCGACGAAUGGGAGGAGACGGAUGAACGGUUGGCCCAGCUUCCCCUGGAAGACUGGGAUUCCAUGAAGGAAGUAAUCUUGGAAGUGACUGAUCGGUUAUAUGACAUUCAAAAGUAUCCAGAUGACUACAACAAGGACUUCAUCAUGGAUUUCAAGAAUAAUCAUUUUGUCCCCAUGCUGAAGGGUGCGAAAGAUAUUGUCAAGGAAUCCACGCUUCGUAUAUUAUCGGAAGUUGACAGUCGAGCGGAUUCUUUGAACGAAUGGAAGUACUGUGAAGAAUUUCUUGUCAGAAGACGACAGGCUGUCAAGGGAGUACACAAGGUGGAGGAAUACAUUGAAGAAGGCAAGGCAUGUUCUCAGCUUUUGGAAACGGAGGGAUUGCUUUUGUCGGAUGACGAAAUCAUGGAGCAGUUUGACAUUUUAGAACGGGUACUGAACAAGGUCCGGCCACUGGUAGACAAGGCGGAUCUGAAGGACUAUGUGACACUCCGCAAUAUGGACGAAAAGUUCAUUGAAGGAUGCAACAAGUCAAUCAAGAAGUUGCAAGCAAGGGAGUUCAGUGAGUGGUCGCACUUCAAACCAGAUGUGGAUGUGUUACAAGAAUGUAUGGUGCGGAUGAAGAAAAAAUUUAAGACCAAAGAAGAGGCCGACAGUCAUAUUGAGGAAAUGAAAGCUGCUCUGAAAGUGGUUAAGAAGCACAUUAAGAAUCUCGAAAAAUCUGAAGGAGGAGAGGAAGAAGACGCCGCGGAUAAAAAAGGUAAAAAUAAAACGAAAUCAGCACCAGCCAAGAAGAAGGGAGCCACCGAGAAGAAGAAAGAGCCAGCGAAGAAAGGUGGUUGGCUAUCUCGGAAAAUGGGCAAGUAG